ACCAGUCUAUGUGGUAAUUUCCGGAAAUUUCGGCAAUUGCAGCAAAUUUUGUUUAUGAGGAAGUGUAUUGAAUUCUGAUUUACUGAUAUGUGUUAAGUGUCAAUCGUUGCUAUACUUUUCGACGUAAAGAUCUGACUCUAAACAAAUAAUUUAUGUUCAAGAAAACAUAUGUUAAUGCUAGGAAAGAAAGCGUAAUAUGGGUCCUCCUCGGGCAUUUUUACAUGAAUAAAUAUUUUUGCCUAAUUUUGGUUUACUUUAUCAUCAGCCUAUUAUCAUUUAAACUUAGUGCUAAUUAAAAAGUAGUCAAUAUGAGUGGCAGGAAAAGAGCAACCGACAAACAAUACUCUGCUGAAGACCAGGCACUUGAUCAGAUCUCCAAAGAGGCAGAGGAGAGAAUACAGGCCCGGCGGCAAGCGCGUGCCGAGGCGCGUGAAAUGCGCAUGAAGGAGAUUGAACGUCAACAGAAAGAGGAAGAGGAAAAACUAAAGGCAACUUCACAAGGCACCGAUUCAGUAAAGAGUUUAUCGAGCUAUUCAGGGUCAAGGAGAGGUAGCAAUGAUUCCACAGGGUCAGAUGUUUCUUCUAAGGACAGUAAUGAUCCUAAAGAUCAAGUUAGAAAAUUUAAGAAUCAGUUACGGGAGUUGGAGGACAAGUACAAGGCUGCCAUGCUCACCAAUGCUCAACUGGACAACGUCAAGACGAGCAACAUAUUCCAACUAGAGCUGCUCAAAGAGCAACUGGAGGAGCAGGCUGAGGCUAUGUUGGAAGUUCAGAGGGAGUACAGAGACAAGAAUAGGGAAUUUGACUUACUUAAAAGAGACUUUGAGUCAAUGAAGUUAGAUCAUGAAGGACUGAAAAUGCAGAUUGAUUUGAAAGAUAAAUUACUUAAGGAAAGUGGUCUCAUGAUAGUCCAGUCAAACGAAGGCGAAUUCUCUCUCAAAAAGUGUUCAGAUUUGUCCAACCUGACUGUCACUGACAUUGGGACUGCCAUUAUAUCAGAAGAGGCCGCUGAACUGCUAAAGAGGGCAGGGGACGGAACUCUAGAUGAUAAAUUAAAGAGAAUAUUAGCGGAGCGGAAAAGCUUACAAGAAGAGAUAAAUACUCUAACUGCGCAGUUAGGAGAGGAAAAGUCAAAAACUAAAGACAGCAAAAGUACUGCUCCACAAAAUGCUAUGAAUGGACCAGAAAUGCAGUUGUAUGAAAUACAAAGAGAAGCAAGCAAGCAAGUUCACGAGUAUAAACUGAAGUUACAGAAGGCAGAGCAGGAAAUUACAAACUUAGAUGGAACGGUAAAUCGGCUGGAGACUCAAGUGAAGCGAUUCAAGUAUGACGCAGAAGAGGCAGAGAAGCUGGAGGAGGAGUUAAAAUCAGACAGAAGAAGGUUACAAAGGGAGGUAAGUGGAGGAGGAGUUAAAAUCAGACAGAAGAAGGUUACAAAGGGAGUUGCGAGAAUGCCAAAACCAAAUAGAAGAACUGCAGAAUCAGAAUAAGCAUCUAAAUAAAAGACUUGAAAAAAUUAGACAAAGUAGAAGUGCUCUAGGUGUUGCCUCAUGAUUAGUGUGUAACAUUAUGCCAAUUUGUAACACUUUAUCCCAUUGGUCAGUUUUUUCCUGACUCGGUCUGUGAUUUGCCAGCUUAAUAUGCAUAGCAUCGUUCUGAUUGGAUAGUUCAAAACUGCUUCAGGUUAUCUGAUUGCAUGUAAAAAGUCAUGUGAAACAUGUCCUGUGGUUUGAUUGGACGGUAUUUAUACUUUAUAGGACAGGGCAGGAUUUGCAUGACUCUAUCAGAGUAGAUGAUGAUAAGGAGGCGAGGAGCUUUUUAUAUCAUAUAUAUACAUGUAUAGGCACCUGUGUAAUAUGGGUUUUACCCCUAUUGGUUCUUCUCUGGUAUGUAACAGAUGCAUGUAUUUAUUUGAACCAUGUCUCAUGCAAGUAGGUCUAACGCUUCAAAGAGAGAUAUUUAUGCCCAACGAUCAGAGCAGUAGUUUAUUAUUUUGCUUUUCGUAAAUUCAUAAACUUCUGUUCCUUGAUAUUUGUGUUGAUUUUAAGCUUGACAAUUUACUAUAUAGUCUGAGCUAUGCUUUUCACCCAAAUAUUGGCAUCUGCGAAAUGCUAUGGUUACAGGAAUCAUGCAACAUCUCUAUAUGUACUACAAGUAAUCAACUGAAAAUUAAUAUAUAUGGGUUUAGGGUAUUUUGUGAGGUCACAAACCAAUAUCCAUAACUCUGACCUGCAAUUCAGUAUAAUUAUUUACUUUUUGUACUUUGAUUACCAUGCAGCUGUUUUAUUUCUACAGAUAUUCAAUUUGCAAUCAUUUUGUGGAGGUCUAGUGACUUACUGAGUACCCCGGUCAAAGACUUUGUAAAUGUUGAUUGUUUACAUUACAUAUUCUAUAUAACAACAUCUAGAGAUUUUCAACUUUAAAUAUAUCUUUGUGGUAUAUGUGAUGUACAGUUAACUUACAUAAUACUAUCAAAGAGUAAGGAUAGUGGAGCGCACUGUAUUGGGGCAGUUCUUUUAAUCAACAGGAAUGUUAGACAACCAGAGAUAUCAGGGUGAACGAUCAACAGGGUUCACAGGGGUUUACACAAGAGCUGGACAGAAUGUAAACACACCAUUAAGAACUUUAUUUAUUUUUUUGCAAAAAUCAUAAGCGCAUAAAAGACAGUUUUUCUUGCAUUUUGUGCCGAUAUCUAAAUAUUUAAGAAUAAAUCAUUGAAUACGCAUGAAAUAGGUGCCAAAAUUUUACAUUGUGUGCAACAUUACCGUGUACAUGAUUGCAUUACACAUCAUAUGUUUGGCCACGAAAAUAGGGUAAUUUCACAUUGCCAUAAGGAUCAUUAAAAAACUGUCAUUUAUGCACUAGUUGAAAUUCUAAAGAAAAAUUUAUUUAAAAAGUUAUUUGCAGAAAAGCACCACAUAACGGUGUGUUUACAUCCAUUAACGUUCAAUUGUGAACCCCACAAAAUCAUUUGAUCAUGCACCCUGGAUAUGGUUAAGAUAUUGUUCAAAACUGUAGGUGGUAGCAAGAAGUUACCCUGUACACACAAGCAUGCUAAGCUUGGUGCAUAUGAAUUUUCCUAACAUGGCAUGAUCGUAAAAAAAAUCUGGAUUUUCAGGUUUUUUUGGGUUUAUUUAUUCUGGUGAACUAUUAAAAAAGGUACAAAUAAUGCAACUUUUUAUGUACAUGAAAUGGACUUUUGUGAAGUUGCGUUUUUUCAUUGCAGCUGAUAAGUUUGUGUUGCAUAAAUUGUAACUGGACAGUUUGUAAAAAUAUAAAGAUAUAUAUUUAUAUAUACAAGUGUGGUUUCUUUGCACACAUCAUAAAUACGCCUUAAAUCUACUGAUAUGAAUAUUAGAGCGGCAGCUUUUACUUCAAAUUACGCAUGCUUUUUGCAUUUAAUGGUUGCAUCUAUAUAUCAUACACAUAUAUAUCGUCUUCAUUCUCAUUGAAUUAUCAAAGAAAUGGAAGAGCAAGUGUUUUACUCAACUGAUUUAUUUCUGGGACAAAAUUGUAUGGAAAUUAGUUUCUGUAUCACUAUAAUGAUUGCUUUACAGAGAUAUUAUGUACAAGAAAGCAAAUGAGUACAUAUAUUUGUUAAUUUGGCAAUUAAAUUACAUAAAUACUGCAUUGGUAAUGCUAAUUGCCAGUCAGCAUGGAAAAACAUUCAGCUUGUUCAUUACUAAAAUUAAUGGUUUAAGUGUCAAACAUGUUUUCUGUAAGUACAUGUACAUCAGUACUGGAUAAAUACAUGUACAUGUAUACUGGUAUAUAUAAUAUAUGUUUUGCAAAAUAAAAAGGUUUUUAGGAGAGUAAAAUGUAGGUAAAUUCCAUUAGAAACAUAGGUUUUGCUUUGCAAUGUAAGCAAGCACAUUUUGCAAGCGCUAUACAAAGAUACUAUGUGCUAAUUUUGUAAUGCGAAUAGGGUAUUUUAGCCUUCUAGAAAUAUUAGAUAUGUUUAUCAAUUAUUAUUGCUCAAUACGAAUGUAAGCAAUAUUCAUAUUAUACGUUGCCUUUAUAAUUCCCUGUAUUAUUAUGUACUCGUGCUUCCACACUUCUUCAAUAUGAGUUGUGCUCUGUGAAAAGGGGGUUUAAUGCAUAUGCCUAAAGUUUUGUCCCAGAUUAGCCUGUGCAGUUUGCACAGGCUAAUCAGGGAUGACUAAACUGGAUUUUUUUGCUGAAAGAGACUUUCUUUAAACAGAAGAUAUCAUUACAGCGGAAAGCCUAACCCUAGGCUACUCUGGGACGACACUAGGCACGUUAAUUAAACCCCUUUUCCACAGAGCACGGCUCAUCUUUUUACCAGGUAGAUGUUCAGUCUGUUCCUUCUGUUACACUAUCACAAAACAUGCUUCAAUAAAAAUCUUGUUUGUUGGACAGUUAUGCCUUAAACAUAGGGAAUCUUGAACAAUUGGAAUUGUUUUGUAUUUUUGUUCUCUUUAAAAGCCCAUACACACUCAACAUGAACAAAUAUUUUGUACAAUAUUUCGAAAAAGAAAGUAAACACAUAAAAAAUCAAUGUUCCCUAUAGUAAUAGCCAAUGUGGUCUGGUAGCAUUUAUUUGGAUUAAAUGCGAUACAAAAUGCUCUUUUUAUUUUUUGUGUAAAUAUAGUCCAUGUGAAUUUCCUGCUCAAAGAAAGUUCAAAACAAUUGGAAUGUUUUUUUUAUUUCCGUUCUAUUUAACCAGGAGUCAAACGUCAUGAACAAUUCUGGCAUUAAUAAACUGGAGGUGCAUCUGCAUGGAUAUGUUUAAUUAAAACCUGCUUUGAGUAGGUAAGAAAAUCCGUGUCAGUUUAUAUUCAAGUCAUUUUUAUUGGUCAAACUUUUAUGUGGGAAUUAAGAGUUGCUUCCUAUGAAUAUAUAUCAAACCAACUAGACAACUUUUGUUGCUGUUCUGAAUUCUACAAAAUAUUUGCAUUGUCAAUACAAGUACUCAAGCUUGUAUUGUGUCUCUAAUCUCAUAUGAUAUUUUUCAGAUAAACACAACAAAUGCAAAUCUUGUAUUAAAAAGUAUUAUACAUGCUUUCUACAUUUAAUAAAAUAGGUAAAAUAAAUACAUAGGAAUAUUUUUUCAUAAGCAUAUUAAUCCAUUUAUGCCUAGCGUCUAAAAAAAAGGCCUUGGCAAAGAGCGUAGACCCAGAUGAGACGCCGCAUGAUGUGGCGUCUCAUCAGGGUCUGCGCUGUUUGCUUAAAGAAAUUUCUGUAAGAAACAUUCUAAAUGAAGAAAUAAAUAUACUAGACAUCCCUAAUUUUGGAAAUAAAUUGAUCCAAUUUAGAAGGAUGGGAGAGUCCACCAGGCAUAAAUGGGUUAAUAGAUUCACAAUAAAGGUGAUGGUUUGUUCUGUUAACCAAGUGCCAUGCUGUGAAAGGUGGAAGUGGGUUUUGCAAGAACUGUUUACAGUAUCACGCUAUUUUUACAAGGCUGUUUGGUAUGUUACUGUUUUAUGUGGUGUCUUAUACCCCCAUCUUACCAUACCAAUACCUUUCUUGCAUACCCUGCGAAUACAUAUCACAUUGAUCCUGUUAUUUUCACUCAUAUUUUCGUCUGCAAUCUGUUUAACUCAAGUGCUAAAAGCUAGUUUAAAUUGCUCUUUUUUACCAUCAUGUGUCAAUAUCUGCUAUCAUUUACACAAUAGAAUGUGCCCUCUUUGCACUUAUUUGACAAGUAUCCUUAAUGUGUAAAUUAUUUAUUAAUUUACAAAAUAUUUGAAAUUUUGUUAAAUUUGAUUUUUUCAGUGUGAGUUUAGUUAUUCAUAAAAUUUAGUAAGUCAUGUAGGCCAUAUUGCCUUUGGUGUCAGUUAAGCACUUUUAAAUACUGCUUUUUAUGUCCCCCACUAUAGAAGUGGGGGACAUAUUGUUUUUGCCCUGUCUGUUGGUUAGUCUGUUGGUUGGUUGGUUUGCGCCAACUUUAACAUUUGCAAUAACUUUUGCAAUAUUGUAGAUAGCAACUUGAUAUAUGGCAUGCAUAUGUAUCUCAUGGAGCUGCACAUUUUGAGUGGUGAAAGGUCAAGGUCAUCCUUCAAGGUCAAAGGUCAAAUAUAUGGGUCAAAAUCGCUCAUUUAAUGUACACUUUUGCAGUAUUUCAAUAUUCAAGAUAGCAACUUGAUAUUUGGCAUGCAUGUGUAUCUCAUGGAGCUGCACAUUUUGAGUGGUGAAAGGUCACGGUCAUGGUCAUCAUUCAAGGUCAGAUGUCAAAUAUAUGUGGCCAAAAUCGCUCAUUUUAUGAGUACUUUUGCAAUAUUGAAGAUAGCAACUUGAUAUUUGGCAUGAAUGUGUAUCUCAUGGAGUUGCACAUUUUGAGUGGUGAAAGGUCAAGGUCAUCCUUCAAGGUCAGAGGUCAAAUAUAUGUGGCCCAAAUCGCUUAUUUUAUGAAUACUUUUGCAAUAUUGAAGAUAGCAACUUGAUAUUUGGCAUGAAUGUGUAUCUCAUAGAGCUGCACAUUUUGAGUGGUGAAAGGUCAAGGUCAUCCUUCAAGGUCAAAUAUAUGGGUCAAAAUUGCUCAUGUAAUGUCACUUCUGCAAUAUUGAAGCUAGCAAUUUUAUAUUUGAAAUGCAUGUGUAACUCAUGGAGCUGCACAUUUUGAGUGGUGAAGGGUCAAGGUCAAGGUCAUCCUUCAAGGUCAAACGUCAUAUAGGGGGACAUUGUGUUUCACAAACACAUCUUGUUAUAUGUGCUAUGAUCUGAUCGUCUAUGUCUUAAAGUAUCAUAGGUUUUACCCCCUCCCCUUGGUCUGUUUGAAUUGCAGUGGUUUACAGGGUCUUUCCCACUAAAAAUUAGAUUGGGGUUUAAUGUUUAACCCAUUUAUGCCUAGCAUCUAGAAAAAAGAAAUUGGCAAACAGCGUAGACCCAGAUGAGACGCUGCAUCAUGCGGUGUCUCAUCAGGGUCUGCGCUGUUUGCUUAAAGGAAUUUCUGUUAAAAAUAUUAUAAAUAUAGAAAUACAUAUACUCGACAUCCCUAAUUUUGGAAAAUAAAUUGAUCCAAUUUAGAAGGAUGGAAGAUUCCACUAGGCAUAUAUGGGUUAAACCUUAAUGUAUAUAGUGAGAGAACUAACCAACCGUAAGUUCACUUCAGUCAUACAAUUUUAUAUAUUCAGACCAAUAUGAAUCGCAACCCAUUUGUAAGGAUGUGUCUGUAGGUGCAUGUACUCACAUUAGUGAAGUUAAAACGAAAGUGCUUUUGGUUUACUUGAAAGUUAAUUUCUUCUCUAUGGCCAUAAUAAAAUUAAAAAUGGCCUAUUUUAAAAUGUUUAACUUAAUACAGUGACAUGUUUACAAGGACAGUAGCUCCACAGAAAGUAAAAAUCAUGAAUUGUUUCACUAUAAGCUACAACUUUGAUGAUGGGAUAUCAUGAUCAUAUUUAGCGCUUUUAUUGGCUAAAUUUAAAAUUGAUAUGGAUAAAUACGAUUUGUCAAUGCAAGUUUUGAUAGGUUGGUUGUUUGGUUGACCUAAAAUUAUCCUGUUUCUCCAAAUGUAUUCUUAUGUACUUCACUCUAGAAUCUUGUACGCUUUUAAGGCCCUCAGUGUGUAAUGUGUUCUGCCCUCAUAUUAUAUAUGCUAUUUUACUUUCCAAGUAUACACUAUUAAAAGAAUAUGUUUGCGAACUAUGCCUGUACCAUGCUGACAAAAAAACGCCGCUGCGUUGCAAUUACUUGUGACGUAGCGCUAAUAAAGUUGAAUAACAA